UUGCUCUGUCGUGUUCGGUCUAAUGUAGUGACGGCGUUUGUAAAAUACACUUAUUUAUGUUGGGACUUGCGAAUAUAAAAUUAGUGGUUUGAGAGAAAAAAAAAAAUUUAGAAAAAUGAUGAUACGAAGACUCACAAUUGCAAUAGCUGUUUGCUUCUGUUUGGGUGUCGAUGCGUACAAGAUAUUGACAGUGUUUCCUGUGCCGGGAAGAAGCCAUGGAAUCCUUGGAGAUGCUGUAGUCAGACAUCUAUUGGAAGCUGGUCACGAGGUGACACACAUAACGCCGUUUCCGAAGAAGGAUCCGCCGCCGAAUUUGGUUCAAAUAGACGUUGCGGCAAACAAGGCGGCGUUUAAUGAGGACUACAUAGAUAUAAAGGCCUUGAUGACAAAGGAAUUUAACCUUAAAGACAAGAAUGUACUAUUUUCAUUGAUGAACAACAUAAGCAGUUCCACUAUUCUGAACGAGAAUGUUCAGAGGCUACUGAGGGAUCAGAGUCGUGAGCAGUUCGACGUGAUCAUAGCCGAAUGGAUGUUCAGUGAUCUAUACGCUUCAUUCCACGCAGUUCUGGAUUGCCCCUUGAUUUGGUUCUCAACGAUCGAACCUCAUUGGAUGGUGCUCAGAUUGAUCGAUGAAUAUCCAAACCCAGCGUACACCUCACACUUUCAGGACAGCUUCGAAGUACCAUUUACGUUCGUGGAAAGGAUGUCUGUACUAUCAUCACAACUUACGUGGAGCUUAAGCUUAAAUACGUGGGUAUACGAUCUUGAAAAGUAUAUAUACGACAACAAUAUUGCUCCUAUAAUAAAAAAGAACGGUAAACCAGUACCGAACUAUGAUGAAGUGAGAUACAAUGGAUCUUUGCUGCUCGGUAAUUCUCAUGUCUCGUUGGGAGAUGCGAUUAAGGUACCGAUUAAUUACAAAGCCAUUGGUGGUUAUCAUAUUGGUGGAAAUGUAAAAGAAUUGCCACUGGAUCUACAAAAAAUAAUGAACGAAUCAAAACACGGCGUCAUUUACUUCAGUAUGGGCUCGAAUUUGAAGAGCAAAGAUCUACCGAAGGAGAUUAAAGAGGGACUACUGAAAAUGUUUAGCCAAUUAAAACAGACGGUUUUAUGGAAGUUUGAGGAAAACUUAUCACCUUUACCGGAAAACGUUCAUUUAUUGAAAUGGGCACCUCAACAGAGUAUCCUGGCACACCCGAACUGCAUUCUUUUCAUAACUCACGGAGGUCUUCUAUCGACAACAGAGGCUGUACAUUUUGGUAAGCCCAUCAUCGGCAUACCGGUCUUUGCCGAUCAGUUUGGUAACGUCAACAGAGCAGUCCAGAAAGGUAUUGCGAGGAGAGUGGAUUUAUCGUUCACGAUGGUCCGUGAUCUGGAGGAAGCUGUUGCGGAAAUGAUCAAUAAUUCUAGGUACAAAGAAAAAAUAAAGGAGUUAUCUUUGAUAUAUCACGAUCGUCCGGUGACUCCGGGUGCUGAGCUGGUCCACUGGGUGGAGCACGUCGUCAAGACUAGAGGAGCCCUCCAUCUGCGCUCACCAGCACUGCACGUGCCUUUCUACCAGAAGCUGUACUUAGAUCUGCUCGCUAUUGUUCUGGUCACGUCAAUCGUUUUGAGAUUUAUCUUGAAGAAUAUUCACUGUAACGUACAUUUUAAAGAUAAAAUUCAGUGAUAGUGAUAUUAUUGUAUAGGUUUUGUAUUUUUGUUGGUAGAUGUCGCAAAACCUUGCAUAAUAUUGUUUUAUUUGUUCGUAUUUAUUUAUUCAGGUGUUAGGGGUUAGCUGCACUUUAAAAAAAAAAAAAUUAUUACAUCAUAUUUUAAUUAAAGUGAUACACGUACGGACGCAGACAUUAAAUUUACAAUGAAUAUUAAAUUAUUAAUAAGUUUAUUCUCGUUUGUAUUAACAUGUGAUUGUUAUAAAAUAUUGCUUGUAUUUACGACUCCUAUGAAAAGUCAUAAUAUACUUGGAGAGGCUGCAGCGGAGUUAUUGUUGAAUGCUGGCCACGAGGUGAGUUUUAUAAUAUACUAGCGACCCGCCCUCGCUUCGCUUCGGAAACAUUAAAACAAACAUGAAACCAAAAAAAAAAAAUAAAAAAAA